AACGCACGCGUGAUGUGAAGUGCAUCAUCCUGGCCAGCAUGAUCCCAGAGCGCCAAAGGCUCCAAAAGGACAUGGAAGCGCGCCCCAUGAUGCAGCGCUUGAAAGACAUUUACCAAGGUCAGGCUAGGCAUGAACGCUUCAAGAUCUCUAAAACUCUGUUUUCCAACAAGCUGGCAUCGGGAUCUCUAAUUGGCCCGCUCGUUCUCAAGCUAAUCGGCAUGAUUGAAAUGCUUGAAAAACGGGAGGCACCCUUGCACCCAUUGCUAGCAACUGAUCUCAUUUUGGGAGCAUUACCAGUAGAGUAUGGUCAAAUUGUCAUGAAUUUCUAUAUGAACAUACUCGACAUGACCUUAGCUGAGCUGUUGAGAUUCCUUACCAGCGCUAAGGAGAGUCUUGGGAGAAGAAAGGCAAAGAAAGUCCUAAUGGUGGAGGACAGUGCACAGGCAACGAGAGGUGGGUCACGUCCGCCGGCCGGGAAAAGAGAAAGGCCACUAGAGGCGCAACUGCGCAAAGCUUAUGACAGACAGGAAAGCGGGCAAACAGCUCGUCACCUCAGAAAAAUUACAAAGGCUCCAUUGCCUGGUCACGGUGAAAGGGUGAGUGAUGUAUUGGGCCUCAUACACUCUGAUGUGUGUGGCCCAAUCAACAGUGAAGCUAGAGGUGGUUUCUCAUACUUCGUCACAUUUACUGACGACCUCAGUCGGUAUGGAUACGUGUAUCUUUUAAGACACAAAUCAGAAUUCUUUGACAAGUUCAAAGAAUCCAGAAAUGAAGCGGGUUUUAGCGCCGGUCGGCUAGGCCAUGGUUUUGAACUAGCCAUCUACCCAGCGAUGGUAGAUAUCACCCAUGCAUGGGAAAGUGAUCCCGGGAUUCCAGAAUCAUUUCACCCAGCGAUGGGAGAUAUUACCCAUCGAUGGGGAAGCUUGUUUCNUAAAACUUAUGAAUCCACUAUUCUUAAACCUUCUCUUGACAAGAGUCCCGGUCUCGCUCUCAAAGCCUCAUCCUCAAAAAGGGUAGAGGUAAGUGACUCCGAUAGCGAUGACCAUAAUCCUUCUUAUAACUUGCUCGAGAAGUUCCAAGAGUUUUUGAAGGAAGAACUUGGGUCCCGAGAUUGUAAAAGAAAGGGGGAACCCGUUCCAACGUGCUUUGGUUGUGGAGAACAUGGCCACAUAAAGCCAUAUUGCCCAAACCGCAAGGAAAAGAAAAAGAAGGAACGAGCAUACAUGGCAUGGGAUUCAGAAAGUUCUGGUGACGAAACUGCCACCUUAUGUCUUAUGGCUCAUGAACGAAAUGGAGAGCCUUUAGCCCAAUUGAAUUCCAGAACCAUGCCAAACAGCGAUGGGAAGCUCUACCCAUCGAUGGGCAAGCCUUGGUCCAACAUUAUCACAAGGCAGAAUGCCCUUACCCUGCGAUGGGAAGCUUUACCCAUUGAUGGGAACCCAGCAAUGGGAGGGCAUACCCAUCGCUGGUUAGGCAUGAUCGUUGUGAGUCAUUUAAGGCUGAUUCUUUCCUUGUUUGAAAGUCAACCUCCCACCGAGCGAUGAGAAGCAUUUACACAUCGAUGGGUAGGUGAUCGUUGGUUUUAAAACUGAAGGGAAGCAAAUAUCCAGCAGAUUCCAAAUUUAUUCAAUCCCAUAAAUCAAAGCCAAUCACCCCUUUAAUGUAUUGGUCCGUUGGAGCCUACUUUGGCACUAUAAAAAGGGGUGUUUGGG